AUGGUAGGCACAAGACCUGAUUUGGCUUACAGCGUUGGAUUCCUUUCAAGAUCCUUAGAAAAUCCCACAAGAGAGGAUAUAACAAGAGUUAAAAGAGUUUUUCGUUACAUAUCUGGAACUUUGGACUUAGGUAUUGAAUAUCGAAAAGAUUUUAAGGAAGGAAUACUAGAAUGCUUUAGUGAUGCAGAUUUUGGUGGAUGCAAAAGUACUGGAAGAUCAACUUCUGAAGUUGUAAUCAUAUAUGCAGGUAGAGCUAUUUCCUGGCUUAGUCAAAGACAAGCAAUGGUUGCAACAUCCACAACAGAAGCCGAAAUCGUAGCAGUGAACGAAACAACAAUCUGCUGUGCAGAUUAUGCAAUGGAAUAA